CCGGGAUUUUCCCGCAAGAAACUGUAAUUAGAGCCAGUUUAAGUGACGCGUGACAGCGAAGCUUUGAACUAUAAAAUCCGUUUGAAAGUUUCUCGCCACGCGAACCGGCGCGUGAACGCAGUUAAAGGAGGACGCUUCCUGGCGCUUGAAUGAGAUUCUCUGGCGUUGUUGCUGCAGCCCUUUAUUUGUGUGUGUUUUCAAUAGAGCAGCGCCUCCGCAGCUUCUCUUAAUUCAUCAGCAUGGUGGUGUUGAAGAGUUUGCAUCCACCCAGCGAGGGCGUGAGGCUCCAGCAGGCCGACACUACUGCCGUCCUGGACGGGAAGAGGCUGGGAUCGGGAACGCUGUUUGUGGCUGAGGCGCAUCUGUCUUGGUUUGAUGGUUCAGGGAUGGGUUUCUGUCUGGAAUACCCCUCCAUCAGCCUCCACGCGAUCUCACGAGAUCUCAGCACCUUUCCAGAAGAGCACCUGUAUGUGAUGGUCAAUGCAAAACUGGACGAUGAAGCUGAAGCGGAGCGGCAGGAUAACGCCUCGGAUGACGUGGGAGAGGACGACGAGGAGAGCGACGGGGACAGCGAGGACUCGGGGAGCAUCACGGAGAUCCGCUUCGUGCCCAGCGAUAAAGCAGCGUUAGAGCCCAUGUUCUCCGCCAUGUGUGACUGUCAGGCCCUGCACCCCGACCCCGACGACGCCGACACCGACGAUGACGAUUACGAGGGAGAGGAGUAUGACGUGGAGGAGGCGGGUCAGGUUCAGGGCGACAUCCCCACGUUCUACACCUACGAGGAGGGUUUGUCUCACCUGACGGCCGAGGGUCAGGCCACACUGGACCGUCUGGAGGGGAUGCUGGCCCAGUCCGUCGCACAGCAGUACCACAUGGCCGGAGUCAGAACCGACGUGCCUUCGGCCGAAUUUGAAGAUGGAAUGGAAGUCGACUCGAGCACAGUUGCUGGACAGUUUGACGACGCUGACGUAGAUCACUGGUAA